AUGAAGUUGAUUCUGUUCGUGACACUACUUGCCGUUGGUUUGGCACAUGCCACAGAAAAGGCUCAACCCACCAAAGAUGGCAAAGUAACAAAUAAAAGAAGCAUUUACUUUGGUUCCGUUAAGUCUUAUAUACCCACUGGAAGCAGCUUGGGAUAUUCUUCUGGAUCGACAGGUUACUCUGGCUUCAACAGUGGCCUAAGCGGGUCCUCCAACGACUUAACCGGUUACGGUGGUUAUAAUGCUGGUAACACUCACGUGCACUCUGACUUCGGUAGCCUUGGCGGUUACAGUACUGGUAACACGCACUCGCACACCCAUACUCAUGAAGUGCAAACAAUUACUCAACAUGUAGCAGUACCAGUUCCUAAACCAUAUCCAGUGACUGUUGUUCAAAAAGUUGCAGUACCACAACCCUAUCCUGUACAUGUUUCUCAUCCAGUACCUGUACCUGUUCAAGUUAGAGUACCUGUGGAAGUACCAAAGCCAUAUCCAGUGCACGUAAACGUUCCAGUGCCAUAUGCUGUUAAAGUGCCAGUUGAGGUUGCCAAGCCUUACCCUGUUAUAGUAGAAAAACCAGUUUAUGUACAAACCUAUGUUGUUAGUUCUGGAAGCGGUUAUGGAUCUGCUGGAAAUAGUUAUGGUAGUGGGUCCAGUGAUGGUGGAAGCAAUUAUGGUAGUGGAUCAUAUGGACGAUCUAGUCAUGGUGGAAAUAAUUAUGGCAGUGGGUCAUAUGGAGCAUCUGGUCAUGGUGGAAAUAAUUAUGGCAGUGGGUCAUAUGGAGCAUCUGGCUAUGGUGGAAAUAAUUAUGGCAGUGGGUCAUAUGGAGCAUCUGGUCAUGGUGGAAGUGGUUAUGGUACUCGGUCAUAUGGUGGAUCUAGCUAUGGUGGAGGUAGCAAUUCGUACAGUUCAGGUUCCUCAGGCAGUUCCUUUGGUAGCAGCGGUAGUUUGUAUCGAUCUGGAAGUCAUGGAUAUGGUUCCAAUGCACGUGAUUGUUAA